UAAACACAUUAUGAAUAAACCAAAUAUAUGUUGUCAGAAACUUGUUAUCAGGUAGGUGAACUUCAAGUCUUAUUUUCAACACAUUACAAAAAAAAUCUCUAAAAUCAUAUGAAUUCUUUUUGAGUAUGUCUGUCUUUUUCAGUAUUAGAAACCAAUAAAUAUAAUAUAUCAACCUUCAUUUACCUCUUCUAUAAGACUCACGGGAUUUGAUUCCCUUUAAUUAUUAAACAAAUUUCCCAUCCUCAUUCCUCACUUUCACUCUUUCUUUUCUUUCUCCAUAACUCAUGUCUGUCACUUGUUCAUCAUUUCUAUUCACAUUUUCUUUCUUCAUUUUCUUCAUUUUGACUGAGAAUUCAUCAUGCUUAGCAAUACUUAGUAAGAACACGACACGCGUACCUCGCCAGCUUCGAGUUGAUUACUAUGCAAAAUCUUGUCCACUGGUAGAACAGCUUGUUGGUUCAGUCACUUCUCAACAAUUCAAAGAGUCACCUGUUUCUGGACCUGCCACGAUUCGUCUUCUCUUCCAUGAUUGCUUUGUAGAAGGUUGUGAUGCAUCAAUUUUAAUAGCAUCAAAGCCUGGAAGCAAGGAGUUGGCAGAGAAGGAUGCAGAGGAUAAUAAAGAUUUGAGAGUGGAAGGUUUUGAGACUGUAAAAAAGGCUAAGGAAGUGGUGGAGAAAAAGUGUCCUAAUGUAGUGUCUUGUGCAGAUAUUCUUGCAAUUGCAGCAAGAGAUUUUGUGCACCUGGCAGGUGGUCCUUAUUACCAAGUGAAGAAGGGAAGAUGGGAUGGAAAGAUAUCAAUGGCGUCGAGGGUAGGGUCGAACAUCCCUCGCGCAAACUCAACUAUUGACGAACUCAUCAAACUAUUCAACUCGAAAGGCUUAACCAUACAGGACAUGGUUGCUCUUUCUGGUGCUCACACAAUCGGGUUUGCACAUUGCAAAAGCUUUGUGACACGGCUCUAUAAUUAUCGGGGUAAGGGUCAACCCGAUCCGGAUAUGAACUCGAAACUAUUGAAGGCUCUUAGAAUGUACUGUCCAAACUUUGGAGGGAACUCGGACAUUGUUGCCCCGUUUGAUGCCACAACCCCUUUCAUAUUUGAUCAUGCAUACUAUGGUAACUUGCAGAACAAGAUGGGUUUGUUAGCGUCCGACCAGGCUUUGGCUUCGGACACACGAACCAAGUCACUGGUUCAAGAUUUUGCAAAGGAUAAACAGAAGUUUUUUCAAGCUUUUGCAGCUGCCAUAGAUAAAAUGAGUUUAGUGAAAGUUUUGAGAGGGAAAAAGCAUGGGGAGAAAAGAAGAGAUUGUAGUAUGCAUAUGUAAGAAAUCAAAGAGAUACUGUUUACACAAUUCUUGCAUUUAUAACUGGAUCAUUGACUUCAUUACAAUUUUUCUUUCA